ACCCUGUUGAGUUACUCUGAGUAACACGGAGAAACUCAGUAGUGCUCAGCACAAAUACCGUUCCACUGCACGUUGUAUUUUCAUGCAUUGUUUCUGUAGCAUCAUUCUCAAACCAAAAUCCACUGGAAAGCAGUUCAUGUAAACAAACCCAAAUCACAUGCCUUUGACAAACAAGUUGUCAUACUGACAGUGACCUGAAAGACAUACGUGGCCGAGAAAAUUUUCAUGACGGUGAGGCAAAAUUAGAUAAGUAGAUUUUAAAAAAAUACAAACAACCCGAAUGCAGUAAAUGAAAUGAAUGAAGACUUAAUUGUGUUAUCAAGACAAAUCUAUAGAAACCUCAUAUCUCAAAAUUCAUCAAGGUAUUUAAGCCCGUGAAAUAAGAAAUUUAAGGUUGAACUUAAUCAUGAAAAUCGAUCAUUUUGUCUUUUUAAAAUUUAAUGUAGCUAGUGUCGCUUGCACUGCGAAGAUGAGUCCAACAACAACUCGUAUGUCAAAAUCUAUCAUGUGAGUUGAAACAGAAAUCAUAUGGCUGACUCAAAUCUGGUGACCACCUGUAACUUUCACGCGCAAGAAUAUCUGUUCAAGAUGAAUAUUGUAUGCAAUAAUUUGGAAAUCUUGAUCACUGAUAAAUCAUCUGGAGAAGAAUGGCAAUGCUCUUACGACGCUGCAUAUAUAGAGAACUUGACUCAAAAAACUGGAAAUUUCAAACAGUUUGAUGUAUUUAUUGCCAUGAUAAAGUCUGGACUACUUAGAACUAGUGAAAGUGUAACGUUAGACCUUCUGACGUUUGAUGAUCUGGAGCUUCUAAGGUCAAGAAAAAUUACUAAAAACGUGGGUGCUAAUACUAACAACAGAAGAUAUCUAAUUGUUACAUACGUUGUCGAAUUUGAUAAAAUAAGGUAUCCAUUGCCCUUAGAGUACUGCGGGCCACCAGAUCCAUUAAUUCUACAAGCAACAAUCAGGAGGCUCGAAGCUGAACUUGCAAAGUCCAAAGAAGAGCUAGCUUUAAAAGCAAACCAUAGCGAGGCUAAAAAAAUCUACUACUUGCAAAAGCGUGUGGAUGAAUUAACAGAAGAAAACCUUCAACUCCGAGAAGAGGUAAGACAAUUAUCUGAAACAUUCGGCAAGAAACCAAGGACGCAAGUAUUGUCUUUACAAAAGGCUGUAAAUCAUUUGGAAAAGUGUGUCGUAAAUGAAAGAAAUUCACAUCACGAACUAGUAGAAAAACUGAGAAGCGAUAAAGAAUCUUUAGCGAAGGAGCUAGAAAAAGUAAAGUGUUCGGAAAGAUGUUUAAAGGCUAAGCUGAAUCAAUUUAGUAUUUCGCCAAGACACGGAUUGGGUGACCACAAGAUAAGUCCUGUUCAAAAGUCGUCCAGCAAAAGUUUCAGAAUGAUGUACAGAAGAAGCAGCCAGUCGCCAGUUUCAGACCUCAAAGAACAUAGCAAACACUCAGUAAUACGCAGAACCAAUCCUAGAAGAUCCAGACAAGAUUGGGCAGAACCACGACUGUCAAGAAGCUACACCAAACACACUAUAAGUGGAGAUAGUUCUACCUCUAGCACAAAGUUUGCAGACGCGAAGUUAGGCUACAACCCUGAAAUCAGUACGCAGUCGGUAAGCCCGUCUCCUAGCAUGAGGAGAAGCAAAACAAAAACCACCAUCAGUAAGUGCCGGUGCAGCAGCGUAGAGUCAAGAUCAAGCUGUAGUUCGAAAGCUUCGACGACUAGGAAUACGAAGAAGAAGACAACAAAGACACACUAUAGAAAGCUGGAAGAGAAGAUAGAGAAAUUGCAACAGAUGUUACAAGCCAAUUUACUUAAUGAUAAGUGAUUGUGUAAAAACAGAUUUAUAUAAGUCUGAUAUUUAACAAUAUAUCCGUCAUCUUGAAAUGUU